AUGAUGGCCGCCGGCUCCAUUUCCAGAAUCACUGCCAUUCUGGAACUGUUAAAAUUUGGUAAAUUUGCAAAAGUAGGACCAGCGGCCAAUAUGUUCAGACUGGUAGGUUGCGGCGGAUGACUUCGGCCAAACUCGCUUUUCACUUUCAGCAAUGGAGCCGAGAAUUGGAGCAUAUCGCGUGGACACAAAGUAAAACACAAUAUUUCAACUUUGAAAGCAAAGAGGGAUACGCAAUGUUCAUGUGGCAGGGGAGUAUCAUGCAAAUGCUGCAGAAAAUUCUCAAAGCAAUUCCACUCUCCAUCUUCUUUGGUGACCAAGCGGACAAAAUGAUCAAAGAAAUAAUUGGAACGAUCAUGCGAGUUGUAAGCUCUUGUGCAAUGUCUGUUCCCCACAAAUUCUGAUUUUCAGAUUGAGAUGAUUAUCACUCUUGUCUGGAUAGCUCAUGAUUAUCCGAAAAAGUUUCCGAUUCCAGCCGGGCAAGACAUUGGUUGUGCCAACGUGAGUGAAACCUAUCGAUCUUGCUUCCCGAACAAGGAAUACUUUCAGGCUUUCUUUGCGGAGCGCACUGAAAUCGGCUGCUACGACCACUUGCUGCAUUCAGUGUGUGUUCUCAAAAAGACGGCGGCCGACCGCGAUGAGCUGUUCAAGAUCGGCGUCGCUUGUUCCGAAUGUCCGGAGGAGUCGAGAUGCGAGAUAACGAGACGCGACGACGGAUGGUACGAGGAGGGCGAUUUGUGUAUUCCGUGGCAGAACGAGAAGCCGGAGCCGGUGAGAGCAUCACAGGCUGCGGACGAGGAAGACGUCACUCUGAUGGCGUUGGUGGACGACGCGAGCGACGGAUCCUUCUCGCUGCCUGCUGUAUUGCUCUUGUUCCUUGGCUCUAGAAUUGUGUGCUUACAAUAAAAACUUGAAUUGUGAAUGCUUCCCCGGUCUUUUUGGCGGUACGUGAACCGUCUCCACUUACCUUUAAAAGUCGUUCUCUUAUCAAUUGGUAAUCGACUGAUAUUAAUUUAGUUUGGGAAUAUGUUGAUCAUCAAAAUCGCCUUUUUCCUUGCACUCUGUGUGAAUCAAGGUAACUAGCCCUUACUUUUCAUCAGCAGAGCAACAUCACAGGUCUGACGGCUCCGACCAAUUCGUCCAAUCAAACGGCGCCGAUUCAACCCGACUACGUGAACUACAUCAACGAGUUUCGGGCUCAUGUGGCCGCUGGAAAUCUCACCGAAGACAUUGCCAAAUACGUCACCAUGUACUUGAACAGGUUGAAAACUGCAAACUUGACCCAAUUUGCACCGAACUUCAAUGCCACGUCUCAGAUGCAACUUCUCAGGGAAAGUCAGGAAAGACGAAUAAGUGAGGCAACAGGUACAUUUUGAAAAAAGACAGUUUUGUGAUUUGCAGAUAUGACUGUCGGACCGGUGGCUAACAUGAAAAAGCUGGUAGACAUUCAACAUUGCCACUUGACAAAACUGUGAUAUUUCAGGCGUACAGUAAACUUCUUGAGGAUUUGGUCAAGGAAGAAGGAUGUCGGGAUUUCAUCGGUGGCGAAAACAGAACCUACGUUUUCCAAUCGAAUGUGACCGAUGACAAGAACAAUACGCGAUUGGAGAACAGCACGACAAGCCAUCGAAUUGUCGCGCUUCCUUUGAACUGGACAAACGUCGAGAACAAUCCAAAUCCGACGUUGAUUGAUGUUGUAAGUUUGCUCUAAAAGUUAUCUGCCCAAUUCUUGUACAGCUCAGACAAUAUUUCUAUCGUAGCGGAUCCAAGCUGGAAAUGGUUGAACCGCCAGAAGCUGGAACGGUUGAAAAUGGAACUGAUGUGAGUGGAACGUCGGUUCUCUUCGAUUUUGAGUCCUUCUUCCUCAGCUGACUAAUACAAAUCAUACCAACUACAUCCUCGGAGAGUUCUUCUGGGCGGAUCGGGACGAGAUUGGAUGUGCUGUGGCCAAGGACUGCCGAAAUGUUCUGACCGAGAAGAGAAGUUACAGGUUUUUACGGAAUUACUUUACAAAAUGCGUACUAUUUCUUCAGCUCGCCAGAUGGGGAACCAAUCGAACAGACGGAUCUGUUUGUUUGCCGUUUGUCGCCAGGGUGAGUGAGACCGUUGAUGAACAAAAUGCAAAAAUCAUUUUUAGAGGAUUGCUGGCUGGUGAACCGUUCAUCAAGGGACAGUCUGGAUCGAAAUGCCCCACCAACUAUGUUGCCGAGAACAAUGUCACCAACUUAUGUAUCAUCAAUCCCGUACUAGACGAGAAGCAGACGAAGUACAUACUCGAUGCAAACCGCUUCAACUACCCACAAGUGGAUCUUUUGCAACCGGUCGAGCCGGACGCAUCGCGAAGGAUUAUGAAUGUGUUGCUCACUGCGUUUCUGUGUUUAUUGAUAAUGUCAUAG